GAGAUGCAAACAAAUCCACACAAUUCUGUGUGUGUGGUAUCUGUCCCUGGUGUGUGUGAGGUGCGUCCUCAGUGCUGAAGAGCCCAGACGGGAACUGGAUCGCCCAGCAGAGCACACAGCUGUCUCGGCCCAGCCUGCUGACCAAGAGGAAGUCGCUGGUAUUCAGUGUCCUGGAGUGGGAAUUCGGUGCGAUAUCCGCCUGCGACGAAAUGUGUUCGUACGACGCCGAGGGGGCCUGGGACGCUGCCCUGCUGGAGAUACGCAGGAAGAUGACYUCCAACRCCAACAACAACCAGGGGUCAGAGGCUCCAGACGCCCAGGCCUCUGCUGGCCAGCAACCCAGCAUCCCAUCACCCUCGCUGGGCCACCACGCCAGCACGAACACCCUCGACUUCGAGUCUGAGAGGUACUCGGAGGUGUCACUGCACAAUAUCACCACUGAGGUGCUGAAGGUGUUAAACGCGACAGAGGACCGACUCCAGGGGGUGGAGGGAGAUGACUGCACCCCCUCACUGUCCCCCAACAUUGACACAAAGAGGCUGGACAAACAACUCAGCAGACUGGAAGAGAAUGUGUAUGUGGUGGCGGGCACAGCUUACGGUUUGGAGGCGGAGCUUGGCGACCUGGAGGACUGUGCCCGGGCCGUCGGCGGUGCCACCUCAGACCUGGAGCUGUCCUACCUGGAGGAGCAGGUGGCAACGGCUUCCGCCCAGGUCCAGCAGUCUGACCUCCAGGUGUCGGAAAUCACAGCCAGGAUCGCAGCUCUGAAGAUCGCAGGUCUCAACGUGGUCUCACAGAACCGCUUCUCUAAGCCCCAAGAACAGCCUAAGCCACAAACAUUGGACUCUUCACGGCAAACGAGGAGGCGGCUACCUGCUCCACCCUUGAAGGAUAAAGAAACCUAAGCCGGACUGACCGGGCAUGUUGACCACUGCCAUGACCCCUUGACUCCCCCCACACCAGUGCCUUGAGCCCCUUGUCCAGUCAGGACGGUGCCAUCAGUGUCCAGUAAGGGGSUUGCUACCCUGCCACCAAGACACUACAGAGUACAGACUGACAGUUUUACCACUACUUCUGGCACUGUGGAUAAAGACAAGAGUUGUAMAUUUCUUAAUAAUGAGAGAUAGUAGCUACAUACUUUAUGUAAAUUUGAAAUGUAUUAAGUUAAGAAACAAAGCAGUUUUUAUAGAAUCUUUAUCUUAAAUAUGCUGUUGAGUGAAAUGUCAAUCAUCUCUUUGUUAUUGGACCUUUCAACCAAUCGGUGACCAGAGCCAUUUUUCUAUAGCUUAAUGAGAAUGUUGUUAUGACGAUGGAGAUGUAACUCUAACAGAUGUGUGGCUAUUGUCUGAAAGGCAAGCUAUGAUUUAUACUACUGCUUGUUUUAACAUGUUUUUAACAGUUAACAUAUUUGAUAAAUAUUUAUAAAAGACACUGGUCUAUCAUUGUUGUGGGAACAAUCAUUACAUAAAAGAGACAAUUAUUGAAAUACGUGCAAAAUAACAUUCCUAAUAUCAAUAAAACAAUCAGCAGUGAUUUGUCUUAUACUGUAUUAAUUAUCUGUUGAAUAUGGGUCACACAGAAUAUUAUACUUUCAGGUAUACAGAAAGUAUCAUAUGGUUGUUAGUUCUUUGUAACCUUCUGCAUCUGAUGUAUGAAUUUACAUUGUAAAUUAUGUACAAUAAAAUAAAAAUUGUAUUACUUUUGGCUUAUCAUUGUGCUCCUACAGAUAGAUGUUUCACUGUGUAGGCUACCUGUAGAUGUCCACUAUUACAAUUGUAUGAACAAAGUCAUGAACUAAAGCCUUGAAGUAAUCAAUCUUGAGAUUCAUGCACACACAGAGCUUGCCUAACCUUACAGUUUAAGGAGUUGGAAAAAUACGUUUGUUUGGGCUUUUGAGCCGAGGAAGUGGCACCAGUGUCUGACAUUCCUCCUGUCCUGAUGGAGCCUGGGACCUGCACACAGGAGGAAGAUCUCAAUUGCAUAGUCCUCGCGUCCUCUCUCCCACCCCUCCAAUGGGUUUUUGAGAAGGAGAUGAGAGAGGACACGAGGAGUAUGCAAUUGAAAUAUUCCCAGGGCUUCUUACUAGAGAAGUAAAGGCCAUCUUUAUGGAAACAGACUUCAAUAGUUCGUUGGCUGCAUUUAGACAGGGAGCCCAAUUCUAAUCUUUUUUUUUCUCACUAAAUUGGUCAAUCGACCAAUCAGA